UGACAUUGAGAAUUACCACUUUAUACUGCCUUUUGCUAAGAAGUAUCCAGUGCAACUUCUAAGGCUGAAGGCCGGCUUAUGCCAAGGCCUCGGGCCGGAAUUAGUUCAGGUUUAAUAUCACCGGCAGAUAUCGUGAAAAUUGUCUUUGCGGAAGCAGUGCGAUUUAAUACAUAAAAGGAUAAAAAACGUGAAUUUCAGUAAAUAUAUAAAAUAAUGAAAGAAAAUAAGGAGUGCAAAAAUAACCAAAUCAUACAUUUUAAAUGCUUGCACCCUCAGAUGAAUUUAAUAGAGCCAACACACCAUUCAUGCUCAUACUAUGCAAUCUGCUUCGGGUCGGCGAGCAAUGCACGAACCAUGCAGUCCAAACUCACGCCAAAACGGGUAACAAAACACACACACACACACAAUGCCGAUGGACAGGAAUGCUCGGUAGAUCCUUCCGUCGUCCGAAGGCCGCGCUCAUUGUUCCGCCACGGGUACGUCAUCAUUGGGUCCGCCGUUUCCAGGGUGACAGUUUCCGUAGGGACCCGUUAAGCCGUCGCACUGAUUCCUUCCCUGCCGAACUCUGACCCCGGCUUUUGUUCGGCCGCCUCUUCGAGCCGUUGGUGGAGGAACUCUACGGACCGAGAGAGCGCCUUUAAAUCCAUCGGCCCGCAGCCGCCAUGCGGCUGGCCGCGCACACGGCGCCGUGGGGUUCCGCCGCCGGCACGGGCUGGGUGGUGCUGCGCUUGGUGUGUCCCGAGUAGACGCUGCAUCGGAAGGUAGGCUGAGAUUUAAAACGCCAGCCCGGGCGCCGAGAAAUGCUCAACUACUGAACUACGGAGCCUUUUGCACUAGAGCGGCUGUUCGGAUUUAUGUGGAUUCGUGUUGGCGCCGUGACGGUUUAACUCUGGCCCUUUAACUCUACUAACGAGCGCGUCAGGUAACGACGACGCUGCCUGAUCUCUCCCUUGAGGGGUGAGAUGUUUAUUUGGAAGCGGCAGCUUCCUCGGCCUCAAUCCCCAGUGAGAUGUUUCUUCUUCCCCCCCCCCCCUUUCACUUUUUACCUUUCAAACGAACUAACGCCGCCGAACCUGCUGGUUGCUUGUGAUCGACGUUCCUGCGGAUCAAUCGGAAUCGGCAGGCACGCACCCUCGUGUCCAAUCGAUCAGUAGAUUGGUAGGAGAGGUCACGCUCGGGGCAGGCCUCCCCCAGAUGAGGAAAUAAACAAUUUCUUAAAACACCAAGAACAUGGAUGAAAAAAGAGCUGUUUCUGUGGACUUCGUGAAGGAUUUCCAGGAAUAUCUCACUCAACAAACCCAUCAUGUGAACAUGAUAUCUGGCUCAGUUGGUGCAGAGAAGGAGUCAGAGUCUUUACAGACUGCGGGUUCGGAAGGUGAUCAGAAUGGAAUACAUAAUGCUUCAGUUGAAGUUUCACUGGAUGAUGGCUCAGGGCUCAUCAAUGAUGGGUUGGAAAGGACGUAUGAUGGAAAACUGAAGUGCCGCUACUGCAACUAUGCUAGCAAAGGGACUGCACGACUGACUGAGCACAUGAGAAUGCAUACAGGUGAGAAGCCCCACAGAUGCCACCUAUGCCCGUUUGCUUCAGCGUAUGAGCGUCACCUCGAAGCACACAUGCGCUCACAUACAGGUGAAAAACCAUACAAAUGUGAGCUAUGCUCUUUCUGCUGCAGUGAUCGAAGUAAUUUGUCCCAUCACCGUAGACGUAGGCACAAACUUCUUCCCUUGAAAACUGCAAGGAACUGCCUUGCCAAUAAGAAAAUGUUGGGAGCUUUACAGAAAAAAUCUAGCAACUCUGUGAAUUAUGGGCCAAGACUUCUGAUUAAUCUAAGUCCUCCUUCCAUGGUGGUACAGAAGCCAGAUUACCUCAAUGACUUCUGUCAUGAUGUAUCAGCUAAUUCCUGUGAGAAUUUGCAAAAACUUCAUUCUGGUGGGAUCUCGAGGGACACUCAAGAUAUCAUGUUGGAUAAUCCAUUAAAUCAGCUUUCUACCUUAGCAGGCCAAUUAUCCAGCCUUCCACCUGAAAAUCAAGCUCCAGCAUCUCCUGAAGAUGUAGCCUGCAGGGAUGAAAAACCAUAUGUGAUCUCACAGUCUACAGCACCAGUUGUUUCAACAGUAGCUUCCAGUGUGGCGCAAAGCUCAUCCCCUAUCAGUCCAGAUGCAUGUCCCACACACAAUCAGCAGAACUUCAGUCCUGUGGCAGGUCCCAGUAGUGAGCACAGUGUUCACACAAGUACACCCAGCAUGACGAACAGCCAGCCUAGCACCCCUACUCCGCCAAAUCAAGGUCAAGAUCCCCAGCUUCUUCAUCAUUGUCAACAUUGUGACAUGUAUUUUGCAGACAAUAUCCUUUAUACUAUUCAUAUGGGGUGUCAUGGCUAUAAGAAUCCAUUUCAGUGUAAUAUAUGCGGAUGCAAAUGUAAAAACAAAUAUGAUUUUGCUUGUCAUUUUGCUCGAGGUCAACACAAGCAGAAUUAACACUUGAUUAAGUCCUGUUAUUCAAAGUAAGUACAUAUUGGAUGAAUGUUGGUUUGUGUUGAAAAUAUUAAAUGUAUUAAGAGAGAUUCAUUUGUCUAAUUUCUUUUCCCUCGUGUACUUUCUUAAAAUAUAAUUUCUUCAGUCUUCAGAAGAGGGCAUGAAUAAAGUUCAUGCUACUUUAAAGUGUAUUGGUACAGUGGCACUUGAUGCUAUUUCCCAGAAAUAGGAAGGUGUAAGUUUCAGCUGUACCAUCAUUCUUACCUCUAAAAAUAUUGCAGUGAUCUUAUCGUGGGCAAUGUGUUGUAUAAACAAGUCAUGUUCUUACAGAGAACUGGUUUUGUUUUGUAUUCUACUGAGACUGGGGAGAGAAAAUAUUGAGAGUAUAAAAGUAACUGUUUCCUCUCCUUUUUUUUCAGUCCCAGGGUGUAUUCUCCAUCUGUGUUUUAAUGUAGUUUGAAAUAGCAAUGAGUUAACUGUGUAUGUUAUUUUAAAUGCUGUUUGCUCUUCGCAUUAAAAAUUCUGAAAUUCAAAUAAGAUGCCUUUUAAAGAUCUGUUGUUUUGAAGUAGAUAGCAAUAGUUGUAGCUGAAGCAAGUGAACUUCAAAUGCACCAUCAUUUUUUAACAACGAAACUUGUGUUAACAGUUUAUUAUUCAAUAGUUGCAGUAUUUUAUUGCAAAAUGUUGUGUAAAUGGUUGAACUCAAUUAAACCAAGCAUUUGCACCUUUAAAUCUUACCAUUUCUUUAUGCUAAUUGAGAUCUGGAGAAACAUUUCCACACCAAUAUAAAGUCCAGGGUUGUGUUUCUAAUAAUUCUGUAAAGAUGCAAGUAAGUUAAUGUUUCUUUUCUACAUUGCUAUGUCUGCCAGUGGAAGGCUGAUUUGCAACAAAAACAUUAAAAUUGUAUAUAUUUAAUAUAAUGCUGGCACGUGAUUCAAGAUAAUGUUCAGAUCAAUGGCUAUAAUUAAAUCAAUAUAAACCCAAUAUAUGCAAUACUUGUGGAACGGGCAUGUUGAUAGUUUAUAGUAAUAAGUUUAUUAGAGGCUUAUGACCUAAAACAUUUUAAUUGGUUUUAAUACUUUCUUGCUGUGUACACUUUUUAUAACAUUCAGUCUGUGAAGUUAAUUUGUUAGAUAUCAUCAGUAUAUAGACAAAAUGCCCAUUUAGAACAAUUGCAUGGCAGCUCAAUCUGCAAACAUUCUGCAAGCUUAAAUGAUUAGGCUGUACAUAGAACCAAUACUUUCUUGUUCUUUUGGGCAUUUCUUGUACACCAGCAUUGGUUCAUCUCUGAAGCAUUGCAGCAUAAUGUUGGUGCUUAUUUCUCUUUCUUAGUAGUCUCUAUGCAUUUUUUUAAACAUGGUACUAAAAAUCAUGUUCUAAACUAUUAAAAUUUUUCCUUGUCUACCAUUCCUUCCAUAUAUCCCUCACACCGUUGGGAAUUAUGGUUUCCUUUCUGUUCUUCAACAGCUUCUCUCAUUAUUUAAACCAAACAUCAGGAAUUUCUGUCUCCAUUGCACAAUUUGUUAAUUACAUGGGUUAGUAAACUCUAUUGCAAAAAGUGGUUUAAAAAGUAAAUAAUUUAAAGAAGCGAUUAGAUUGCUUAUUACUCUGCUUCAAGGAUAAUAGAUAUUUCAAAUGUGUAUGAUUUUUAUAUAUAACAUACAGUAUUCUUUAUUAGAUUUAAAGUACUAUGAAUUAUUAUGUGAAAUACUCAAAGCACUUUUUGUAUUUUGCAAGAGCUGACAGUAGAUGAACAGAUCACCUACUGUUGGUUGAUUCUUACUCUAGUGACUGAGAGCAUUGUAAAUGCAUUUUUUUUAAAAAAUGACUACGAAUCAUCAGCUGGGUUAAGGUCAGCUCCUGGAGUGAAAUAAACACAGAGAACUUUGUCCUUCAUAUUUGCACUUCUGAGGUCUGUGGCUGCUUGUCUUCUGGUUUUGCUAGGGAAUAUACUUCCAUAUCUAGCAGAAAUUCUUAAUGCAGUUAACCAGCAACUUUUACAAAAAGCAAUGUGUUUCAGAGUGUAUGUGUCUCCACUGCAGCUUGUUAGGAAAGGUAGCCUCUAUCAUAGCUCAGCUUGUGAACAUCAGUAACAAAAUAAACUUACAUUUGUAGGAUGUAUUUCACUAUAUUGGUAACUCUGCACUGUUGAUGUUAAGUUUUAGAUUGUCCUUUAACUUGCUCCAUUGAGGCAUGCCACCAAAGGGAACUAAUGUUACAUACCUUUUGUGCCUUCAGAUGAUCUCACCUAAUAAGUUCUAAUAGAGUUGGUUAAUAUUUAGCACAAAAUGGUAACAGCUGUAAACAUUACUUGUCCUCUGCUUUUGCAGUUACCAUAUACAAAUCUGAAAUGAUGUUGUCUAUUUACCUGUGUUUUUUUAAAAUUGGCCCUACAAUGGAAUUGACAAAUGAAUGAUUGGUAAUAAUACUGAUUGAUAGAUAAUGGGCUUCACUUACACAUUCAUCAAAUUCAAUUACUUCUGAUGCACAUUGACUAAUAUGAAAUUUCAACAAACAAACCAGUUUUAAGUUUUAAAAAAUUAAUAACCAGAGGUGCCUAAUGAAUACAUUGUAAAUAUAAAGAUGUCAUAGUCACUUAUAAGCUUCCAAUAUACACAUUGUUAAAUAAGCCAAACUCCAUUUUUUAAAAUAUAUCCACACAAUUGCUUUAAACACACAAUAGCUGAACAUAUUUGCAUAACGUGAUAUUUUGAUGAUGGAAUAUUGGAUUAAUUGAAGCAGUGUCACUGACAACACAUAUUAAAUGAAAGUAUGUCACAUCUAGGUUCAGUUUAGAAUCAUAUCCCUGUAUCAGAAUGCACAAAGCUUAGUUGUACUGGAUAUUUAGUGCAAAAUUUAGGCUUUGUAUUUAUGUUCUGAGAGCGUUUUAGUGUUGGAGAUGAUUUCCUGUGACAUGUCUACUUUGUAGGAAUUAUAUUCAGUAAUAUUAUUGAAGAACAGUAAUAAGUUCUGUAGUUGGCAUUCUUCAGUCAAUGCCAAUGAAAGGUGAUUUUAACAGGUUCUUCAUUGAUAUUUCUGAGAUGUUUCUUAUGUGGAAUAUAUUUUGCUGCUUUCUUGGGCUACUAUUGUGUGAGGGCAGCAUACAAGGCAAAUAUUAAAUAAUUCUGUCUGCCCAAUGCAGUCCUUUAGUCCUUCAGUCUGUCCCAAUAGUUACUUGUGUUUGUUGCUAACUUCCAUAUUGGACAGAGUACAUAGAGAGAAAUUGUACUCGUUGGUGACAAAUUCAAAAAUUAGACCAUAUACAGUACUGUACAAAAGUCUUAGGUACACUCUCACACUCGCACACGCGCAUUAUAUAUAUGUGCCUGAGACUUUUGCACAGUGGAAUGAAGGUAAUUGGCUAAAGAACUAAGUAUAACAGGAUAAACCUCUGCACUGGGUGGUUAGAAUCUGGAAUGUUCUGGUAGAAGCAGAGACAAAUAUAUGAUAUUCAAGAUGCAGUAAACAGUUACUUGAAAGAAAACACACAAGGUUUUGGGUAGAGGACUAGAGUCAGUACUUCUGAAUGGAGCUGGGUUGGUCUCAAAAGGCAGAAUAUUUUCAAUCUUUAAUUUUGUUUUACAAUGAUACCUUAACAGUUAUCACAGUAAUUAGAAGUUUGAGAGGAGUUAGACCAAUCUUAAUGCCUCUAAAUUGUUAUUUGAAAUUGCCAAAAUAACAGGUUGUUUUCUAUAAUAUCUCUUUAAUAAAACAAAAUGUUGUAUGGACUUUUAUAAGAGCACCAUAAACUAUCAUUUGACACCGUCAGAUAAUUGAUGUAGGGAAGAAAUGAGUUUUAAGAACUCCAAGAGGAGAGGAAAAACUGAGAGGUUCAGAGAAAGAAUUCAACACCUGGGACCUAGAUGGAUGAAGGAAUGGCUGGCAAUGAAAGAUUCAAGGUGUACAAAAGUUGAAAGGUGGAGGAACACUAUUACUUAGGAUUUUUUUGGGACAAUAGGAGUUUUAAAAUAUAAGGAAAAAUAAUGGCAUGGAUAGACGUGAACCUAAACGGAUGAGACUUUUGAUUUGUUGCUUUGCCUCUUUAAGAUUAGAUUACCUACAUAUCAAUGAACAGGGAUUGUUGGGUGAAGAGGAUUUUUGUACUAGUUAAGAUACAAACAACAGGGCACUUACAUUGACUAAAUAGAAUUUUACCGAUAAUGUAAAUCGAGAAAGGCCAUGGGAUCAAAAGUAAAACAUUCCUACGUGGCAAGUCAUAACUAACUGAUAAUAGUAGCAGGCUGAAUUAGACAGUUACAUUAUAAUAAAAUCCACUAAUUUUCAGUUCAUGUAAAAACAAAAAGAUGCAUCAAUAAAUGCUAGUCAUCUUUUCAAACUGGAACAGAUGAAAAUUAGGCUGAAUUAUAUAUUACUGGUAUCCAGAAUGGUUGCAGAAUUUCUGGUAUCUCAAGCUAAAAUGCAUGUCACUUAUUCUGUUAUGAAAUAUUGUAGAUUUCAACAAGAAAAUAGUAUGUCAAUAAAAAACUCCACUUUUUCAGUUUAACAAUGUAUAAAGGACAGUAUUGUUAGAUUUUGUAUAAUGGCUUUUGAUUUUAGUUCUCAACUCAGUGUAAAAUGGUGAAGAGUUCAACAAGAUCUUCAUAUUAGUAAUUAUUCCCAGAUUUUUCACUCUCACUAAAUCCAAGUCCAGUAUUCCAUCAUUAAUUGAUUAUUUGUAACUAUAUAAAUGUCGAUUAAUGUGCCGGUAGACAUCACUGAGCACUUUAAGUAGAACUUGAGGACUUUGAAUAAAGAGACAGUUAUAAUUUUGGCUUGAUUAUUCCAAGCCUUUAUUGAAUCCUGAUGCUUUGUCAUGUUCUUUUAUAUUCCAGAUUUUAUUUGGUUCAAUUUAUAUACAAUCUAAUGAAAGUUUUGUUAUAUUUGAUAAUUAAUGUAAAAUGUGAGUGUCAUUUGCUUGAAUUGUGUUGUCUUUUCAGCAAUGCUGUUGGUAUAUCAAUACACAUUAACAAGUGCAUAUAAAUUUAAUUAACAGUUUAAGUACUGUAAAAAUGUAAAUAAACUAUCGUGAUUGAAUUGUUAUUUAAGAAACUAUUGCUCCCUUUGGUACCUGUGCUCGAUAGAAAAACAGGCAAGUGUUUAAACUAGCUUAAAGGUUUCUAUUUUAAUAAAAAUAUAUCCUAAUAAAAGUCAUUCCUUUAACACUUUUGUGAGAUUAUCUAAUUCUAUGCCCAAACAAGUUGUUGCAAUAGAAUGCACUAUCUGGUGGCAUUGGCUGUUCAAAUAUUGUUCAUGUUUUAGAAUUGAAUCGUGUUUUUAAAAAAAAUAAAAGACUUAACCAAUUGAAUUUUCUUUUUGAGAUUUGUUUUGUAUAAGACAUUUUGUUGCUUUAA